AUGGACCCAGCAUUCAAGGAAAUGGAGAGGAAAAUGGACGUGACGCAAAAGUCGACUGUUGAGCUGCUUGCCUUAGCGAGAGAGUACUUGCAGCCCAAUUCAAGAAAGGGAUUCGAUUCUAAACAGCGCCCUGAGCAGCUAGAAGAGAAGAUGGGCAAGAUGAUGCGCCGUGCGGGGCUGGAGCUAACAGAGUCAAACUUCGGAAACGCACUCACCGUUGUCGGAGAGGCGAUGAGUCAACUUGCCGACGCCAAAAAUCAACUUGACGACAACGCUAAAGCUGAAUUCCUAGAUCCGCUUCAAAUGCUUGUUGAUAAAGACAUAAAAGAAAUUAAAAAGCAGCGAGAGAAGUUACACGGAAGGAGACUUGAUUACGAUUAUCGUAGAGGAAAAUUGAAACAGGGAACAAAAGGUGUCACCGAAGAGCAAGUCACGCAAAGCUACGAAAAAUUAGAAGAGUCAAUUCAAAUCGCAGGAACUUCUAUGCAUAAUUUAUUGAGUAAUGACAUCGAACAAGUUGCCCAGCUAAGCCACUUUGUCCAGUCCCUCAUCACCUUCCACGAAGAGUGUGCGGAAACGCUAAGACCAGUCUUGCAGCAACUCAACCAAAGACAAUCCUCAAUUUCCAGUGCACCUGUCCAGCAAAUGGCCAACAUCACUCUCAAGCGUGAUCCUAUAUCGACAUCUCAGCGCGAUCCAUUCGAAACAUCGGCCUUGAAACAACACCAGCCAGUUGCACCGGCAAGGACGCCGAGCAAUGCUCCUAGAAAGCCUUCUUGUAGAGCACUGUACGAUUUCGAGCCCGAAAAUCCAGGGGAGCUAGAAUUUGCUGAAGGCGAUAUAAUUCAUUUGACUAGUCAAAUUGAUGAGAAUUGGUUCGAAGGUGAAAUAAAUGGAAAGACUGGUUUCUUCCCGAUAAACUACGUGACAGUGCUUGUUCCACUCAACUAG